UUAUGAUUUUAGGAUUCUUCAUAAUUCACUUGGGACUAUAAAUACUUAGAACUAUAUAGAUGAAUGUCUGACAUUGCUCCUGGUGUUCCUGUAAAUUCGGCUUAUAUUUUAUUCACCAAGUACAAGUUUAUUUCAUAAAAAUCUGAAUUGUGUCUCUGGUUCCAGCUGCUUGCUAGCUACUAGCUGCUAGCUACCGCACACCGCGGCCGUUAGCAACAAACGCUGGUAUUGGCUCGUACUUAGAAACACCUGCUGUGUUAAAGGUUUGCUUAGUUUAGGACGGACGAAUAAUAAACCCAGACAUUUAUUUUUUAUCUCAUUUAUUAAAGACAUUCGUUAAUUAGAGGAUUUUCCAGACUUGAGAACCUGGGUGUUCACAAAACCUUGGUUCCGCUUACGUGUUUCCAGUCGGACACAAUAACAUUGAGUAAACUGCAGUUAACUGGGCGGGCUAGUUACUAGUUUUCACGAUAGGUCGUUACGUUAGUUGAUUAUGAGAUAACUAGUAUGAUUUACGGAGGGAGUCACCGGAUGAGAUCCUCAACAUGGACCCGCUUCACAAAGCGGUUCUGCGGAAGCUGGGAGUUUAUCUGUCCGGCGAGCUGCUGGUCUCAGACUCCAUCGUUCCCUUCCUGUUCCAGGAGGAGGUUCUGACCGGGGCCCAGGUCGAGGACAUCGAGUCCCAGCCCACAAACAGACUGAAGACUCUGAGGCUGCUGGACCUGCUCCCGACCCGCGGGCCCCGGGCCUUCCCCUCCUUCCUGCGGGCUCUGGAGGACUUCAGCUGGGUCAGAGACAGACUGCUGCUGGAGCUCCAGACUCCACCUGGACCUGGACCUGGACCUGGACCUGGACCCAGCUCGACAGACUCCUGGCAGCUUCCCGCCUCCGUCCUGCAGAGGGUCCUCUCGGAUCGGGAGCUGUCCCGGCUGGCGUCUCGGCUCGGGGCGGAGUGGGAGUCGGUGCUGAUGGAUCUGGGUCUGUCUGCGGAGGCUCUGUUCCGGUGUCGGGCCGACCACGCCCUCAGCGCUCACGGCACGGUGCUGGCCGCUCUGGUUCAGUGGAGGCGGUCUGAGGGGAGGAGGGCCACGGUCCAGAGACUGAUCCAGAGUCUGCAGGCCACCGACGUCCACCCGUCCGUCCUGCAGGACGUCCUGCUGUGAUGUCAUCCUUCCUGUUUCUACUCUUCUCAUCAUUCCACAGAAACAUACGAGAUUUAAAGAGACCAGAACAUCUGGAAACAGUACCUCAACCAGAGCUGGCAGAUGUUCUCACAUUAACAGUCAGAGGUCAUGUUUGAGAAUGAAUUCUGAUGUAAGAGACAGUGACAAGUGUAAAAUAAAAGUUCAGAGAUCAGAUUAAGAAUCAACAUUUUGAGUUUAACGGUCUGAAUUUUCCAGAUUAAGAUUAAAAUCUAAAGAAAUCUGAAUUUAAAGAUGAUUAUUAGGAAUUAAAAAAGUCUGAACUUUCAGAAUAAAGUCACAAAUCUGAGAGUAAAGAAUCUGAGACAAACAUUCAGAUUCAAAGUCUGAAGCAGAAUUAAUUCACUUCUGAGUUUUACAUGAAGAAAAUCAAUCACAGACUGUUCAGCAACAGAGUAAAUACAAACACAUGUUUAUAGAAACAAUAAGAUUUAUGUUCUUUAUUUCCUCUUCUCCAGUGUGUGUGUGUGUGUGUGUGUGUGUGUGUGUGUGUGUGUGUGUGUGUGUGUGUGUGUGUGUGUGUGUGUGUGUGUGUGUGUGAGAGAGUGUGUGUGUGUGUGUGAGUGAGUGUGUGUGUGAGUGAGUGAUCUGAUUUUCAACCUUUUCCUGGAAUUUAACUGAAACUUUGUUCGAACAGACGAUUAGAGAGAGAGAGAGAGAGAGAGAGAGAGAGACAGAGAGAGGGAGAGAGAGAGAGUGAGAGAAGAAGGGAGAGAGAGAGAGAGAGAGAGAGAGAGAGAGAGUGAGAGAAGAAGGGAGAGAGAGAGAGAGAGAGACUCCUUCAGAGGCCACACUAACACACACAGUCAGCCUCUCUCUCUCUCUCUCUCUCUCUCCUCUCUCUCUCUCUCUCUCUCUCUGCUCUUCAUUAAUUCCUCAACAGCCUGCAGACUUCCUGCUGAGGAUCAGCUUUCUGCUGCUUCUGACUCUUAAGGUGGACUGAGGAGAUCCAGGAUCAUGUCUGUGACUUUCACCUCACUGACCUGACUGUUCUCUGUUCGACUGUUUGUUCAACUGACCUGCGGUUAAUAAAGUUUCAUUCACAACGUGAAA